AUGUGGUCAAAAAAUAAGGAUAAGGGCCAUGAGGAAGAGAAGGUAUUGUUCAGUGAAUAUGGUACACUAUAUUUCAUGAAAGGAGAACGGUACAAAGCCAUUUUUGACUCAUCGGAGUGUGAACAAUGCACCAUGAGGAUUCUAAGAAUAUCACGGGAAUCCUUUUUUAUUCAGGUUUUAGCUGAUUUUGAUGGUGAGGAGAGUGAAGUACUUAUUCAACCUAUUGGGUGUGGUCUUUCUUUCGGGUACAGUCGGAAGGCAGGCUCUGUACAUUGGCCGGCAUAUAUGGAUGGUAAACUGGAAUCCAUGGCAUUCGUAUUCUCUGGAGAGAAUUCAAGAAUGACACCAGAGGAUAUUACAAUGCGCUUUGUGGAGAUUUACAAUCGUUGUACCUACGCUCUUUUGACAUCCUCAGAUGUUGAUGCGAUAACCAAUGAGGAUGAAGGUUAUGAAUACAUUGGAAAUUCUGCCACUUCACAGAUUCCAGAUGAAGACUACCAAGAACCUGUUUACGAAUUGGAUGUCUCACAUGAGGCGGCAACUAAAACUGGUGGUAGAAAUAUCUGUUAUAGUGAAUCCAUGAAGUUCAAUAAUGCAAUGGUGGUAAGAAGGGCUAAAGAUUCUGUUGAACUUCAAACACACAAGUUUGAUUCAUAUGGUUUUAAUGAAGGUACCUCAGGAAAAGUACGGAUACCUGGGUUAACUACAUGUGAGGAUGCAUUAUUAGAUGAUACUGAAACUAAACUACAACUUCUCAGUAUAGAUGAUCAGAAACUAUACGAGUAUGACAUAGAUUAUGGAAAGGUGGUACAGGAACACAAACUUCCUGAAAAAGUAACGGCAAUAACAUACAGUGCUCACGUUGCUGAUCCAGUGCCAGUGUAUACUUGCCUCACUGAUAACGUCGCCUUUAACGUGGACUGUCGGAUGGACCCUCGUAAAAAUAUUGUCAUGGAACCUGGUUGUACACUGGAUAAAUACAGACUAACAUCAUUAAAGAAACCAUUUACCUGCCAUGCAACCACGAGGGAUGGACACCUUGUCAUUGGUGAUAUGAUGGGAAGUAUUCGUCUGUACCGUGGUCCUCCAGGCAGUCGUCGGAAAGAUGGCAAAUACAAUCCAAAGGCAGCUCAGACACUGUUAGAGACUAAGGUACCAAUUGUUGCAGUGGACGUGACGGCAGAUGGAGCCUAUGUUGUGGCGGUGUGUGAAAAGUUUUUAUUAUUUAUGCCUACUGCGUAUGUGGAUGACCGAGGCGAGAAUACGACUGGGUUUGUCUCAAAAAUGGGUAAGAAGAAGCCAACACCGUUAAAAUUGCAACCAACAUCAAAGCAGCUUGCAGUACUUGGAGGUAUUGAAAAACUGGAUUUUGUUUCUGGUGGGUUUGAUCGCUAUGAGAAUGGUGGACGCGAGGUUUGCAUAACUGCUUACAGUGGAAACUACAUCUUCACAUGGAGUCUUGAGGCUGUAAAGCGGGCUGAGGAGAAUGGACGCGCGUGUCUUGGUGAAAGUGCCCUUGUGAGAAAUGAUGUCAUUGGCGUUUCAGCCCAUAUUCCAGAUAAACUAAUGUACUUGACUGACUCUGAUAUCUGUAUGGCUCCUUUGAAGUUACACGAGCGUACAGAGAGGGGAUCAAGGCGUUAUGCUUAUUUGUGA